UUCCUUUGUAUGUGAGAGUAAUUCUUUAUUUUUUUGCUGUGACGCUUUAUGUAUGUUGUUGAGUUUCUCUAUUUUCCCCAAUCAUAUGCUGCCUUUUCAUUUGCACUUCGCAUAUUCUUGUAGCUUUUGCUUAGUUAGUUAUUCGCCGAUAAUUGAUGUCAAAGGACGCGUUGCAAGUAGCGGCUUACGGCGCGUAUAAUUAACAGGAUAAAGCGCUUAACAAUUAGAUACAGGUAGAUCUGAUAUAGGGCCUCGCUGAUAUGAGAGUUUUCAUUCUAGAGGCUAGUAACAGUAUCGUAUUGUAGCCGCUAUGCCAAAAGAGGAUCCGUUCGUAAAUCGGGCCCAAUUAUUAAAGGCUAUAAAAAAAUAUCCUGAAAUCUGGGACUCGAAUAAUAAACUGCACAUGUGCCGUAGUGUAACAGCUCCCAUGUGGAAUGAAAUAGCAGAGCAAUUUGGCGGUCAUGUGCCAACCGUAAAAUUGCAGUCGAUCUGGAGUCAAAUGAAAUAUCAUUAUCAUAAUUUGGUGCAUCGUCAGAUUUUGCACAAAGAACGUUUUACCACAAAAUGGGAACACUUCGAACCCAUGUCAUUUAUGUACAAUAUAACAGUGGCCAAGAUAGUAGGUACCAAUAACAACCCGUCAGAAGUUAAUGAGAUUUCACCGAAUGUACCCUCGCCGUUACCCUUGCCCCAAUCGCAGGGUCGUGGCAGACCAAGUGGCAGCUUUACUUGGUUACAGUCUGUGGCUUCACAGUCCGAAUUGAAUGUUGAGGCUACACCUUACACAGCAUUUACCGGUUUAGUACCACCGGCAGCUGUAACAGUUGAAACUGCCACUACACCGUCACGCAAGCCCGGUAGACCAGGUUCUCUGAACAAUAGUAUGCGCGGUCGUAUUAUUGAUGCCAUUAAAGCUAGACCAAUACUAUGGGCCGGCCGGCAAAAAGAUCAAAACAAUAAACAAGGACAAAAUCGUACAUCCGCCGUAUGGAAAGAGGCAGCUAUUGAAUUGGGUCUCACACCAAGUUUGGUUCAGACGCGUUGGUCUAUUAUUAAGCAACGUUAUGUUGACGAAUUACAAAAGGAACGUCACGCUUGUUACGCCCAUGAAACGUUUUACUCUAAUUGGGAACACUUUGAACGCAUGUCUUUUAUGCGCGAUAUACUCGCCAAAAAAGUCGACGAACGAGAGCAAACUCGUGAACAUAUACAGGAAAUUGUCAGCGAAAAGCAACAAUUACAAAAUCAACAGCAACGACACCAUCAACAACAUCAACAACAACAUCAAAAUCAUAGUGCACAACAAAUACGUUAUAUACGCACAGCGGCAGGUAACAAUAUGCCAGCGUCUCUAAUAUUGCCAUCCGGUGAACACCACCACCAACAACAGCCUGAACAGCAUCAGCAUGCACAUCAAUUGAGCAUGUGCGAUGAGAAUGGUAGCGAACUGACAACUGCAGUGCACAGUGCCGCUGGCAUUGUUGGCCUGUUGCCGGGCCAAGCAGUCGUAGCAACUAGUGCACGACGACGUGUCAAAAAUGAAUCUGACUUAGAAUGGGAUCCCUUUGAGAUGAUCCUACACGUUCAAUCCAGCACAGAGGCAGCGAAUAAUUGAAUUGAUGUUUAAAACGUGACAUGAAUUUGGAAGACUGAACCAUACAUACAUACAUACAUACAUACAUACAUACAACCAUACAUAUAUAUAUACAUAGAUACAUACAAAAC